AUGAAGAUACCGAUAUUGGACAAGUUCAUGUUUGACGAACCAUCGGUUUGGGUGACCGCAACAACAAUAGCAACGUUGAUAUCGACGUUAUACUUGAUUUUUGCGGAGAUUAUGGGGAAUCAUCUUCAGUAUUCUAAAUUUGCAAACUCUAACAAAACAGCUUCAACAACUAAUAAACAAGAAGCAGGUGUUAAGAUACCAAGUAGAAUCGGUAUGCUGAUUUUCUACACGCCCGCAUUCCUUGCAGGACUCGUUUCCUUCUUCCUCUUUCCGGGUGGCGAUCUCAGAUUUUUUUUGCUUAAACUUGCUGUUACCUUACAUUUCUUCAAGCGGGAUCUAGAGGUUCUGUUUGUUCACAAAUAUAGUGGUGGCAUUAUUCUAGGUUCAAUCAUUGUCGUCUCCGGAUGCUAUUUAUCCGCGGCUGCAGGCUUGAUCACUAUACACUAUCUUACCCUCGGGCAACCAGAGCCAUCCGUCGAUCUCAAAUACAUUGGUUUGAUCACUUAUAUAGUAGGAAUACUCGGAAACUUCUAUCACCACAAACUCCUCUCGGAGCUAAGGAAAAACAACGAAAAAGAGUACAAGAUUCCUCAAGGUGGACUGUUUAAUCUGGUUAUAUGCCCUCAUUAUCUUUUUGAAAUCACUAUCUUUGUUGGUUUAUCUUUUAUUAGCCAAACACCGUUGGCUUUUGCCUGCACUUUUGGCGUCUCCUUGUACCUAACUUCUAGGAGUUACGCGACCAGAAAAUGGUACAUGGACAAGUUUGAGGACUUUCCGAAACACAUCAAGUGUGUGAUUCCUUACUUAUUGUGAAUUAGUCGAUCGAUCGCGACCAGUACAUGAUGUGUGAAAUUAUGUCAUAUUUUUCUCUC